ACAUUUAGCUAAACAGCAGUGGGUUUUGGGGGGUGUCGUUCCUAUAUUAUUAUUUUUGUGUAUAAAUCGGCGUGUGAAUCUGUUUCCAGCUGUAAUUUGUCGUACUUUAAUGCGAGUCCCCUCCCGGAGCGUUCAGGAUGAUUCCCACCGAGGACGCGUCCGCCAGGAAGCGGGAGAUCGAAGAGAAGCUGAAGCAGGAGCAGGAGACGCUGUCGUACAUCAGAGAGAAUCUGGAGAAGAGCGAUCAGCUGACUAAAGGCAUGGUCUCCAUCCUGUCUUCGUUCGAGAGCCGCUUGAUGCAGCUGGAGAACUCCAUCAUUCCAGUUCACAAGCAGACGGAGAACCUCCAGCGGCUUAAGGAAAAUGUGUACAAAACUCUGUCCUGCAUGGAUCACGUCAUCAGUUACUACCACGUGCCCAAAGACACGGACAGAAUCAUCAGAGAGGGACCGACCGGCAGACUGGAUGAGUAUCUUUCCUGCAUCAAAAAAAUACAGGAAGCCGUGGAAUACUUUCAAGACAACAAUCCAGACAGCCCUGAACUCAACACAGUGAAAGCACGUUUUGAAAAGGGGAAGGAGCUGCUGGAGGCGGAGUUCCGCAGCCUCCUGACUCGGAACAGUAAGCCAGUUCCUCCUGUGCUCAUCCUGGACGCCAUCACCGUGGAUGAGGAGCUGGAGGUUCAGGAAGAGGUGGUGCUGGAACAUUUGCCAGAAGCCGUGCUCCAAGAUAUCAGCCGCAUCUCUACCUGGCUGGUGGAAUAUGGACGGAACCAGGACUUCAUGAACGUGUACUUCCAGAUCAGGUCCAACCAGCUGGAUCGUUCCAUCAAAGGCUUGAAGGAUCACUUCCGCAAGAACAGUGCAUCCUCUGGGAUCCUCUACUCGCCCGCCGUCCAAACCAAACGGAAGGACACGCCCACCAAAAAGAUUCCCAAGAGACCAGUCUACAUCCCAGGGACCAUUCGCAAGGCUCAGAACCUUCUGAAACAGUACUCACAGCAUGGGCUGGAUGGGAAAAAGGGGGGCUCUAACCUCACUCCUUUGGAAGGAAAGGACGAUGUGCUGGACAUCGAGACGGACUCCUACAUUCAUUGUAUCAGUGCCUUUGUGAAGCUGGCCCAGAGCGAGUAUGCUCUUCUCACCGAAAUCAUCCCGGAGCACCACCAGAAGAAGACCUUUGACUCCCUCAUUCAGGAGGCGCUGGACAACCUGAUGCUGGAGGGUGAUAACAUUGUGUCGGCAGCUCGCAGGGCCAUAAUGCGCCAUGACUAUAGCACCGUCCUCAGCAUCUUCCCUGUACUCAGACAUCUGAAAAUGAGCAAGUCUGAGUUUGACUCAACUCUCCAGGGAACAGCAGCAAGUACUAAGAACAAGCUGCCGACACUCAUCACCUCCAUGGAAACAACCGGCGCCAAAGCUCUGGAGGAAUUUGCGGACAGUAUCAAGAAUGAUCCUGAUAAGGAGUACAACAUGCCCAAAGACGGAACCGUCCACGAACUAACGAGUAAUACCAUCCUGUUUCUGCAGCAGCUGCUUGACUUUCAUGAAACAGCUGGAGCCAUGCUGGCAUCUCAAGUACUGGGGGACACUUACAAUAUACCCUUAGACCCCCGAGAAACCAGCUCCUCAGCGAGCAGCUACACCUCAGAGUUCAACAAACGCCUCCUCAGCACCUACAUAUGCAAAGUGUUGGGGAACCUGCAGCUGAAUCUGCUCAGCAAGUCCAAGGUGUACGACGUUGCGGCGCUGAGUGCCAUUUUCCUGCACAACAACUACAACUACAUUCUCAAGUCCCUGGAGAAGUCUGAACUGAUCCAGCUGGUGACGGUGACCCAGAAAAACGCUGAGACCUCCUACAGGGAGCUGAUCGAGCAGCAGAUUCAGACCUACCAGCACAGCUGGUCAAAGGUCACGGAGCACCUAACAGACCGGAACAUGCCUGUUUUCCAACCCGGCGUCAAGCUGAAAGAUAAAGAGCGGCAGGUGAUCAAAGAUAAAUUCAAGGGCUUUAAUGAGGGCUUGGAAGAGCUGUGUAAGACCCAGAAGGGUUGGGCCAUCCCGGACAAGGAGCAGCGAGACUUCAUCCGCCAGGCACAGAAGAAAGUGGUGUCAGAAGCUUACAGGGCGUUCCUGCACAGAUGUGCAAAUAUCUCUUUCACCAAGAACCCCGAGAAGUAUCACAAGUACCGACCGGAGGAAGUGGAAGAGAUGAUCGAGAAGCUGUUCGACACGUCGGCUUGAGCUGCACGCAGUGAACUCCCAGAGUCUUUAAUAACACUCUCCUCACACUGCACUUGUCUGAAGAACGCUCACUUUUGUACAGAGAUAAACGUGAAGUAUUUAUGUAACUUGUUCCUUCUUGAUUAACCCAAAUAAAAUCAACUCUGAAAUGAA